AUGAAUGGGGUAGUUGAGGCAUCCAACAAGAACAUCAAGAUGAUUAUGCAGAAGAUAAUGGACAGUCACAGGCAAUGGCACGAGAAGUUAUCCUUCACCUUACUGAGUUAUCGAACCACCAUGAGAACAUGCUCUGGAGCGACGUCAUACAUAUUGGUAUAUGGAACCGAAGUUGUGAUACAUGCAGAGGUUGAGAAACCAUCCUUAAGUGUCAUCCAAGAAGCCAAGUUAGACGAUGCAGAGUGGAUACGGGUCAGCCAAGAGCAACUCAUGCUCAUUGACGAAAAGAGAAUGGAUGUAGUAUGCCGUGGUCAGCUCUAUCAGAAUAGGAUGGCCAGUGCAUUCAACAUAAGUGUGAUGCCUUUCCAGUUUAUGCCGGGGCAACUGGUUCUAAAGAAAAUAUUCCCCCAUUAG